CGCACACACACACGCACUCACUCACGCGUGCGUCCGUAUCUGGGUAGCUGGAGGCUUUCCCUCCCUCCCCCCCCAUCGCUGUGGCUGCGUGGGGAUUGCCAUUCGGAGGGUUCUCAAUUCCACACGGAGGAGCCACCACCACCACCGCCGCCGCCGCUACUGCCGCUGCUGCUGCCGCUCUGUAUAAAAGUGUGGCGGUGUUGGUUGGUGGUUUGCGGAGCCUUUGCUUUUUUUAUCAACACCAACUUGAGGUUGCGAUUUAGAGGACAUAGCCCCGGGCGUUUGAGACUGCUCCCUCCGCCUCCUCCUCCUCCUCUCCUCCUCGUGCUCCUCGUUCCUCCUCCUCCUGUUCCACACCGCCCCCCCACCACCACCACACUCCACUCCCAUCGGCUAUUCAUCGCAGCUCUCAUUCUCUCGGGCGGAGGCCGGAGAUAGGAGAGGCAGAGGGGAGAGAGAGGAGGGGAGAGAGAGAGAGGGAGAGAGCGACAGGGGAGAGAGAAUACGUAGACCACAUAUUCAACACGACUUUAGUGAGACACACAGAGAGAUAGAGGAGGGGAGAGAGAGAGAAUACGUAGACCACAGAUUCAGCACGACUUUAGUGAGACACACAGAGAGAGAAAGAGGAGGGGAGAGAGAGAGAGAGAGAGCGACAGGAGAGAGAGAAUACGUAGACCACAGAUUCAACACGACUUUAGUGAGACACAGAGAGAGAGAGGAGGGGAGAGAGAGAGCGACAGGAGAGAGAGAGAAUACGUAGACCACAGAUUCAACACGACUUUAGUGAGACACACAGAGAGAGAGAGAGAAGGGGAGAGAGAGAGAGGAGGACGAGUGAGAGAGGAAGAUAUUUUUUUUUUACAAGUAAUUUUCCGUCGUUGUUGGCUUCAGCCGUGGGGCUGACGUUGCCGAGAUGAGCGGCUAUCGUUGCGGGAAGAGGCGGCGAGAGGAGUUCGUCCGUUAGGAGUCGGGGGGGUCCCCGACUCAUCGAGAGGUCGUGACGGACACCGCUGGUGUCAUCAGCAGUCGAGGUGGUGGGGGUGAGGGGGGGGUGGUCCCUUCGUUCUUUGGUGCUCCGCGAGGAGCGACACUCGGCAGGAGUCUCGAGCCACGACGCAGAUCCAUCCACCUCGGGUUGACGCCACCGGGUUGCCGGGCCCACUCUCCGUGAUCGCGUGAGGAGCUCGGUAAUCCGGGACAGGCUUCGAGUCGAGCCACCGCAGCUCCUUCGGAUCGAGAGGAGCCAGCCGAGGUGGUUCGGGCCACCAGCACCACGAUGGAGCCCCGCAACCGCCCCGGGCACGCUCCGGCACCACCAAAACGAGACACGCCGCUUCAUCAUCAUCAUCAGCAGCAGCAGCGGCGGCGACCACUGCCGCCGCUGCUUCUCCUCCUCAUCCUGUGGGUGGCCGUCACCCCGAGCCGCGCCGACAUCUUCUGGCACAAGACGCGCGUGCCGCUGGUGCGCGACCUCCGGGUCGUGCCGCUCGACCCGUCGCUCUUCGGCGCGCCGGCCACACCGAGGGCCGCGUGCGGCCCCGUGGCCUCUCUGGCGUGCCGGCCCCCCUCGUCCUGGUGGCAGCACGACGCCGGGUCCACCCGUGGAGGAGGAGGUGGAGGAGGAGGUGGCGCUGUGGAUGUCGGCUUCCUGCGGCAGCUGCAAGAGCAGUUGUCGUAUGAGACGGUCUACGACAACGGCACUCGCACGCUCACCGAGGUGGCCAUCGACGGCCUCGGGAACCGCGGCCCGGCGCCGCGUCUCCCGCGCCGCCGGCCCCGCCGCCAGAUCUACGGUACGGACGGCCGCUUCACCAUCGCGGCGGACGGCUUCGCCCAGCGGCACCCCUUCUCGGCGGCGGUGCGCCUCUCCACGGGCUGCACGGGCGUGCUGGUGUCGGAGCGGCACGUGCUCACGGCGGCGCACUGCGUGCACGACGGCCGCGACUACGUGAAGGGGGCACGGCGGCUGCGCGUCGGCUUCCUGAAGCGCCGCUCGGCGGGGCCGCUCGAGCGGCGAGGCGGCCGGGAGAGGAAGGGGAAGGGCCGCCGCCGCGACCGCUCCGAGCGCUCGCGGCCGACGCUCGACAAGGCGAGCUUCAGGUGGUCGCGCGUGCGUCGCACGCACCUCCCCAAGGGGUGGAUCCGCCCGUCGCAGCCGCAGUCGCCCGCGGGCAACGUUGCCGGCACGGGCAUGGACUUCGACUACGCCGUCCUAGAGCUGCGCCGCCCGCACGACCGCCGCUUCAUGGAGCUGGGCGUGAGCCCCCCGGCGGGACGGCUGCCCGCGGGGCGGCGCCUCCACUUCUCGGGCUUCGACGACGACCGCCCGGGGAGUCUCGUCUACCGCUUCUGCGCCGUGGCGGAGGAGAGCGCCGAGCUGACGUACCAGCGGUGCGACGCGCGGCCCGGAUCCAGCGGCUCGGGCGUCUACCUGCGGCUGCGCGACGCCGCCAAGCGCCGCUGGACCCGCAAGGUGGUGGGGGUCUUCUCGGGCCACCAGUGGGUGGAGGUGGGGGGCGAGGCCGCCGAGGGGGCGCCGCCGCCGCCGCCACCCCAAGACUUCAACGUGGCCGUGAGGAUCACGCCGCUCAAGUUCGCGCAGAUUUGCUACUGGGUGAAGGGGAACUACGCCGACUGCAGAGAUGGGUGAUGAUGGUGGGUGGUGGUGGUGGUGGUGGUGGCGGGCGAUGGGGUGACGGUGAUGGGGAAUGAUGGUGAUGAUGGGCGAUGAUGGUGAUGAUGGGCAUGGUGAUGAUGAGGA